CUUUUGUUUACCAGUUACAACUAAACAAACAUCAACAAUCAAAAAUGGAGGGCAAUCCUAAGAAUAAUCAGUGUCGUGAACCAAGGCUUGGAGUCCAGGGCUUGAAUGACCCAAGUGCCAAAGCUGAGGCCUGGAUGCCAUUUCUCAAAGAUGGCCACUCGAUUUAUGCCAUUCAACAGCAUAGUUCGGGUGUGUCUUUGAACACGGAAGGCUCUAAUGGGAAAUACUUCGCUGCUCUUCUGUCUCUGCCUGUUGAUGGCAGGGAAGGAGAUGUUGUGGCUUAUAUCAUCAGUCAUGUUCAAGAUUUCAUUAAGAUCUCGUUAAUGAUACUCAUGAAAUUGAGGGGACCACCUAUGGCAUCAGGAACAAUUGAGGACAUUGUCUCACCAGAGGAACUGGAAACCUUCAUGACAAUUGUAUUUGAAAAUUUCAGAAGUGUAUUCUACAUUGAAGAUAAUUUGAUUGAUUCUGCUAGAAACGUUGUCUACAUGAUGACCCUGAUCACCAUCCGGACAAUGUGUGACAAGAGCAAUGGACUUGUGGACCCUGCUUAUAUUUCAUCUUGGAGAAAGAUUGAAGAUGUGCUGGAGAAUAAAGAAGGGUUUGCGAGUCGGUACUAUAGUUUCUUGAAUAUGGAAGAGGACGGAUUCCGUGUUGCCAUCAACGCCUCUAACCACCUUCACGAAUACAUUGUGAUUUAUCGAAAGAACAGAAGUGACUUACGAUCUGUUCUAUAUGCACGAGAGGAGUUCUCACAAUUUGAACAAUCCCAUAGAUUCACAUUUGGAGAUAUCUCCAAUUAUCAAGAGCUUACCGAGAAGAUAUUCAUGUCCUUCAAACAACCAGAGCAGCCCCGUAAGGAUGUGUCACUUUAUUAUCCAGUGAUUGAUUGCAGACUGUCAGAGAAGCUGGAGAAGCCUCAUCAAAGAGACCCCGAUGAUAGACUUAUAAUUCCUCCAGAGAGACAAUUUCUGAAGUCAGAUUCAGAUGCUUUGAAGGCAUUUCUGAAUGAAAAAGGUAUAAGUGCCCAACCUGAUGCACCACCAGCCCAUCAAGAAGAUUAUUUAGAGCUUCUAAACCAAAAUUCCAAUGCUGGUCAGCCUGGUUGGAAUAGCUAUAUUGACGUUUCGUCUGUGGGUGCUAUAGAUGCGAUAGAGGAUGCACUUCUUGAGUCUGACGAUGAAACGGAUUCUCCAGAUGUUACAGGGGAAGGUGAACCUCCAACAAAAAGCGUGGAUGAGUCUUGGAGUGAUGAUGAAGAUGAAGAUCUAGAGAUUGACUUUGAUAUUAUCACAUUCGAAAACGCAGCUUUUGUGUUCUUAGAGGCAUUGAAAAGAAAAUUGAGGAAGAAAAAGGGUCACUUUAAGUCUCUUACAUUGGACUUGUUCUAUAUUUUCAUCCAAUACGGAAUGGGUUCAUUGAGCCAAAGUGCUUCCAAUUUUCAGGCGAAGGCGAUCGCCGGAAAGACCCCUUUGACGGCGCCAGAAGUACUUAGAGAAUUGACAGCUGCAAGAUUCAUGCAAACUGUCAGGGAAGCAGCGAGAUCACUUUCACCAGCUACAGGCUUGUCAUAUCACGAACAGGACAACCAUGAGAUAAAUGAGCCUACUGCUGCACCAGAAUACGACUUUAAUAAGACAAAAGGCGCAAGAUUUGGUCGAGCAGCAACGGAAAUGAUUUUAGAAGGGAGUCAUUUUACGGAAAAGUUUGCAAAUAAUAUGAUCAGAGUUCUAAUUCAACUCGAGCUGGUCCGAGCUUUUGCAGUAUGUAUCAACCUCUGCACAGUUGAUUCUGAUGUAAUGGAAUCCCCUCAGGAUGACAAACCAACUGAAUGGACCUGCCCCGUUUGCCAAACGGUAAACAAGAAACUCCAACCAGGUUGUUUUGCAAGUGAAAUCCAGCAAGUGGUUUUCAUGAUAUCACCACGACUUUAUAUUGCCUGUCUCUUCGAGGAUCCAUCAAUUUCCAAUGUUCUAUUGCAGAAUUGCUCAAAGCAUCAUUGUCAGAGCACCGAUGAAGAAACCUCACACACAUUCUACAACGGAGAGUAUGUCAAGAGGAUGAAACAGUUCAAUAAACGAACUCAGCUCUCAAAUGAACGAGAACCUCAGAUCUCAAACACCAAAUACUUUGAUGAGAGUGAAAUACAGUUAGCUGUUACCUUAGGAUGGCACGGUGUUGCGAUGCUCAAAAAGCCUGUGUAUGAAGACAAAGAGCAGCAGGAACUUUGGCCAUUAGUUAUGAGACUUGUUGAUUUCAACAACGACACUGAUUUCCAGUUGACAAACUUCCUAUCUAUUACUCGUGAGAAUAUUGGUGUUGAUUCUGUGGGCGAUGAAUCAGAUGGAAAAGAUGCAGGCAAUGUAACGCCUUCCAUGCUCAACGCUGAAAUGACAAACACGAAAAUCUUAUUGAGCUGUGUGACAGAUGAAUUUGUUAGGAUUCAAAGAAAGGGAAUGCUUGUGAAGAAUCACGCGUCUAACUCUGGGGACAGUCCUGUGAUAAAAGUGUUCGCCACUGUUGUCAAUUUCUUUGGUGACCUUCCCGCGUUGACGAAAGUUGUUGGGCUUCGUGGAACUGCUGGUAAAGCACCUUGCUUAUCGUGUAUUGAGGUCAAACAAAAAGUUAAGGACUCUCAAGACCAAUCCCGAGAUGAUCUUCCUGUGACGAUUGAGUACAAUAGAUGGCUAUCCUCUGAGGAAAAUGGUUCGUCGGUUUCUUGGACUGAGAAAGCGGGAAAUGAAUUUGAACAUUUAAAACACUACGUUGAGAAAUUCGAUAUAGAGUGUCCUAUAAAGACGAAAGGAGAGACUCCUUUCUCUAUGACUGCGUCUUUGAGAAGCGAUGGAAAGUUUCUUCAGAGGGACGCUGAAUAUCGGGAAAUGCUAAAGAGCUUGUGUCAAUGGGUCAAAAUUCCAGCGCAGGACUGUAAUCCAGGUAACCAUGGAGUCACCAAUUGCUGUGAUGAUUCUACCCAUAUGAGGCCUCUGGAAAAAAGACUAGAGCAACUGUUAGGGGUAGCCAGUCUUGACAUUGGAAGCUGUACGCCAAUUUAUGAUUUUGACUUAUCUAUGGGACAAAACAAGAUUAUCGGGUUUGACGUGAUAAGUUGUCUAUGUGAGAAUCUAUUUCCAAAGAUGCUUGGCGUUCUCUCAGAUUCCAAAGACACGUUUCUGCUAAGCCGGAAGUAUGCUUUACCUGCUCCUGUUCUAAGAAACCUGAUGGAUUCACUGGAAAGUUUAUUCGAUGUAUUAGAUACAUGGCCAGCAGAGUUUGGAGAGCCUCCAACUUCAGUUGAUAAUUUUGACGUCUAUAUCAAAGCAGGGCAGGUACAGCAAUUGAUAUCUACGAUUCCUGCAUUGUUGUCAUCUGAUUAUUACUCACGUCAUCUGGAUUCAGACUUUUUAAGUUUUCUCCAACUGUUUACAAUGAUGUCAAACUUCCUACUGACACGCAGCAUCAGGAAGUCUGAGAUUCCAAUAUUGAAUUCAACGAUCAAACAAUUUUGUUCACUUCACAGGUACUUAUUCUAUGAGAGACCUGAGAUCAAGAGCAAGAUCAAGGCAUGGCAGUUGCAAGCUCUGAACAAUAGAAGGGGAGCUGUUACAGAUUCCUCAACUACAAGUCAAUCAGGCCUCAAAGAGAUACCGGAGGUUAAGUUGAUGAUCCGCAUGGGUUCUAACUACUUUCACAUUCUGAUCCAUGUGAUGACUCUGAUAAAAGAAUAUGGACAUCCGAACCUUUUCUCAUGUUCUGGCCCGGAAAAAUCCAUGGGAACUAUCAAAUCCACAGACCAUUCGACUAAUGAGAUAAUCACAAACGCCGGGCGAAACAUGAUAUCUAGGGCAAUCAGUAACUGCUUGUCAGUGGUUGUUGCAGAGAUGAACUCUUCGCGGAUUAACUGAUUAUCAAGGCCUUCAGCAAAUGGCCAAAGAAGCAUAACUGGUCACAAUAUAGUUACAUCCUCUAUCCCAUUUGCGGAGCUUGGGAUUACACGUGAAACUUUUGAAGGACUAUAAUUCAACAUUGGGUUCACGGAAAAUUAAUUGACAGUUCAGCAGCUGCAGAAACUCAUUAUUGUUAGACCAUUGAAAUACCGGCUUAUGACGCUGAACUCCAUGUGUGAUUCUGGAGUAUUUACCAAACUACUGGAAAGUUGUUGGAAUAGCCUUAUGCAAGAAUAUUCGAGCAAAAUAUUAGUAUUAGUAUUAAAUUGAAUCACUCGAUAUAACACUCCACAGGCCCUAGAAUUAGCUAAUGGAUGGUUGCAUUCCUCCAAUCUUCUUGAUGGA